GCAAGUACUUCGCAGACAGUCCCUAAUGAGUCUUGGGGCUGCUGUCAGGCAGGGCGAGUAGGAAACCCGAAGGCUGCUCCGAAGCCAGGGGACAGAGCAGGGAGAGUGAGGUCGGGCCUCCCUGGCUACCGGCGCCCCUCCGAGGUCUGCGGAGAUAACCAACCAUGAGUCUCCCCUUCGCGAGGAGGCAGGAAGUCCCGCUGCACCCUUAUCUCUGCUCCGCUGCCUCCUCCCUGUUCCCAGAGCUUUCUCUCUAGAGAAGAUCGUGAAGGCGGCUUUUCUGCUGAGGGCCACCCACCACCAACUGAAGAGGGUGGAUUUGGCAAGUGACAUGCAGUUUCUUCAAGCCAGAAUAAUUGCAGAAAAUCUUCAAAGGACCCCAUCUACAUGUUCCGAAUACCACUGAAUGUGUAAAUUGAUCAUUCAGCCAGGACACCUAAUUCAAGACCUCCAGAAAGCAGGAGACUGAGACAUUUUGUCAGCUUUGCGACAUUGGACCAAAUACAAUGAAGUAUUCUUGCUGUGCUCUGGUACUGGCUGUCUUGGGCACAGAACUGCUGGGCAGCCUGUGCUCGACUGUGAGAUCCCCACGGUUCAGAGGACGACUGCAGCAGGAACGGAAAAAUAUCCGACCCAACAUUAUUCUUGUGCUCACCGACGAUCAAGACGUGGAGCUGGGGUCUCUGCAGGUCAUGAAUAAAACCAGGAAGAUUAUGGAACAUGGAGGGGCCACUUUCACCAAUGCUUUUGUGACCACACCCAUGUGCUGUCCAUCGCGGUCAUCCAUGCUCACUGGGAAGUAUGUGCACAACCACAAUGUCUACACCAACAAUGAGAACUGCUCCUCACCCUCGUGGCAGGCCAUGCAUGAGCCACGCACUUUUGCUGUGUAUCUUAACAACACUGGCUAUCGAACAGCCUUUUUUGGAAAAUACCUCAAUGAGUAUAAUGGCAGCUACAUCCCCCCUGGGUGGCGAGAAUGGCUUGGAUUAAUCAAGAAUUCUCGUUUCUAUAAUUACACUGUUUGUCGCAAUGGCAUCAAAGAAAAGCAUGGAUUUGAUUAUGCAAAGGACUACUUCACAGACUUAAUCACUAACGAGAGCAUUAAUUACUUCAAAAUGUCUAAGAGAAUGUAUCCCCAUAGGCCCAUUAUGAUGGUGAUCAGCCACGCUGCGCCCCACGGCCCUGAGGACUCAGCCCCACAGUUUUCAAAACUGUACCCCAACGCCUCCCAACACAUAACGCCUAGUUAUAACUAUGCACCAAAUAUGGAUAAACACUGGAUUAUGCAGUACACGGGCCCCAUGCUGCCCAUCCACAUGGAGUUUACCAAUGUCCUACAGCGCAAAAGGCUUCAGACUUUGAUGUCAGUGGAUGACUCUGUGGAGAGGCUGUAUAACAUGCUCGUGGAGACGGGGGAGCUGGAGAACACUUACAUCAUUUACACCGCCGACCACGGUUACCAUAUUGGGCAAUUUGGACUGGUCAAGGGGAAAUCCAUGCCAUAUGACUUUGAUAUUCGUGUGCCUUUCUUUAUUCGUGGUCCAAGUGUAGAACCAGGAUCAAUAGUCCCCCAGAUCGUUCUCAACAUCGACCUGGCCCCCACCAUCCUGGAUAUCGCUGGACUCGACACACCUCCUGAUGUGGAUGGCAAGUCUGUUCUCAAACUGCUGGACCCGGAAAAGCCAGGUAACAGGUUUCGAACAAACAAGAAGGCCAAAAUUUGGCGUGAUACAUUCUUAGUGGAAAGAGGCAAAUUUCUACGUAAGAAGGAAGAAUCCAGCAAGAAUAUCCAACAGUCAAAUCACUUGCCCAAGUAUGAGAGGGUCAAGGAACUAUGCCAACAGGCCAGGUACCAAACAGCCUGUGAACAACCUGGGCAGAAGUGGCAGUGCAUCGAGGACACAUCUGGCAAGCUGCGCAUCCACAAGUGCAAGGGACCCACUGACCUGCUCACAGCCCGCCAGAGCACGCGCAACCUCCACCCCCGCGGCUUCCACGACAAGGACAAAGAGUGUGCUUGUAGGGAGUCUGGUUAUCGUGCCAGCAGGGACCAGAGGAAGAGUCAACGGCAGUUCCUGAGAAACCAGGGCACUCCAAAGUACAAGCCCAGGUUCGUCCAUACCCGGCAGACACGUUCCUUGUCCGUGGAAUUUGAAGGCGAAAUUUAUGACAUCAACCUGGAAGAAGAGGAAUUGCAAGUGUUGCAACCAAGAAACAUUGCCAAGCGCCAUGAUGAAGGCCCGUGGGGGCUGGGAGGCCGCCAGGCGGGCAGCGGUGGCAGCAGGAACGGGAUGCUGGCAGACAGCAGCAAUGCUGUGGGCCCCACCACUGUGAGAGUGACACACAAGUGUUUUAUUCUUCCAAAUGACACAAUCCAUUGUGAGAGAGAACUGUACCAAUCAGCCAGAGCCUGGAAGGACCAUAAGGCAUACAUUGAUAAAGAGAUCGAAGCUCUGCAAGAUAAAAUUAAGAAUUUAAGAGAAGUAAGAGGACAUCUGAAGCGAAGAAAGCCUGAGGAGUGUAACUGUGGCAAACAGAGCUAUUACAGUAAAGAGAAAGGCAUGAAAAAGCAGGAGAAAUUGAAGAGCCAUCUUCACCCAUUCAAGGAGGCUGCCCAGGGAGUAGACAGCAAACUGCAGCUUUUCAAGGAGAACCGUAGCAGGAGGAAGGACAGGAAGGAAAAGAAACGCCAGAGGAAGGGCGAGGCGUGCAGCGUGCCUGGCCUCACCUGCUUCACCCACGACAACAACCACUGGCAGACGGCCCCGUUCUGGAACCUGGGAUCAUUCUGUGCUUGCACAAGUUCUAACAAUAACACAUACUGGUGUUUGCGAACAGUCAAUGAGACACAUAACUUUCUCUUCUGCGAGUUUGCUACUGGCUUUCUGGAAUAUUUUGACAUGAAUACAGAUCCUUACCAGCUCACGAACACAGUGCACACAGUAGAACGAGGAGUUUUGAAUCAGCUACAUGUUCAACUAAUGGAACUCAGAAGCUGUCAAGGGUACAAGCAAUGUAACCCAAGACCUAAAGGCCUUGACAUGGAGGACAAUUAUGGGAUGGAUGGGAAGGCUAACCUUCCCAGGCUCUCUGCCAACAACAGCUGGCAAGGUCUGGAGGACUUGUACCGUGUGACUGAAAGCAUCUACGCAUACAGACAAAACUAUAGACUUAGUCUGGCUGACUGGACUCACUACUUGAAGGAUGUAGAUAGAGUAUUUGCACUGCUGAACAGUCACUUCGAGCAAAAGAAAGCAAAUAAGACGAAAACUGCACCAAGCCUUGGACUCCCAGGUAUCUCAGCCGAGCUGCCUGUGCCGCCCGAGAUGGCCUCAGCCCAGCCAGAUGCAGACCCAAGUCCUGCAGCUGAGGAAGCACCUCAUGUGACCCUGCCAGCUGACCUUCGAACCCUGCCUUGGAACCAGUCCCCGUUAGAUGCAGAGGAUAAACUUGAAUGGAAUAAUGACAUUCCAGAAGUGAGUCGUUUGCAUUCUGAACACUGGAGCCGUGGUCAAACUGAAAACAGGGAGGGACGUGAAAACAUCCAUCCCCUGGAACCUGAGGUCAGUGGAAACGGCCUGACGGAGCUGGCUCUCCAGCCCAGCCCCAGGCUGCAACCCCUGGACAGCUACCAGGAAGAGCCUCCCCAGGAGGGUGGCCCAGAAGACGAUGUUUUUGAAGAUCAGCUGUAUCUUCCUGUGCGUUCUUCUGGAACCCCUGUCCAUCCGACAGCCCACACAGCCAGCCCAGAGCAGCCUGUGCGGUGCGGCCAAGUGGGGAGGCCUCUGGCCACCGUGGAGAAAAAUUCCACGCAGGACAGCUCACAGCAUCUAGAAGGCAGUGCCUCAACUCCCCUCCCCUCUGAUUAGAUGAAAUGAUGACCUGACCCGAAACACAGUAUUUCUUUUUCACUUGUUAUUGGUAAACUAAUGGCAGCAAUUAUGACUACCAAUAUUCCAAGCUACCCUGUGUCCAUUUGUGCUGUAGAAGUUAAUGUGCACCUGAGCAAGCGAUAGACGCACAGGGACUCUGUGUUGUAAUUCACUCUUUGGCAAGAGUGGAAAUAAAGGGUGGGAGGUUUUGAUUUGUUUUGUCCGGCUCUGAAAUAGUAUUAUCUUUUGAAUAUUAUAGGGAUAUAUAUAUACAUAUAUAUAUUCCAAAUAAGCUGGCUAGAAUGGUGCCUUUCCAAGUUUCUGAAACUUGACCUGCUCUGUGAGUCUUUCCGCACACACCCACACUGCCUGCAGAACGAAGCUUUGAGUUCUUUGCAACCAUUGCAAGUUUUCAGUGCCACCAUGUUUCAUUCGGUGAUUUGUUGCACUUUGAGAUUGGAAUGCCAUAUCUGCUGGGUG